GAUAAAAAAACAUAAGAAAAACCUAACUACUACUAACCUAACUAGACCACUAACAUACGUAUUACUUGGCCCAUGCAAGCAACCCCUGACCACAUACUAACAAAUAGUAUACUUGGCCCAAUCCAAUUCAUCCGAUAACCGUCCACCACCAGUCAAUCAAACCUUCUAUUUCUCAUCGACUGUAAAACCAACUGAUAUCGAAUCAGCGACGAAACGAUGGGCAGAUCCGCCGCCACUGACGAAAUAAUCCCCAGCUACAACGACGAUGUCCUCCGCCGGUCAGACUUGCGCAUCCUUAGCGGCCCCCGCUUCUUGACCGAUAGAAUCAUCGAAUUCUACUUCAUAGUGGCAAGGAUUCUGCCAUUUCGCGUCGCCGGCGUCGGGUCUAGCAGCGUGGCGGAGUCAGAUAGUGGAACAACUGGGAAUCGGGCGGUGGAGCUAGGAGAGAGGCUCUAUCCAUCGCUCUUUCUCUAAUUCCGUAUAGUUUGAUGGGGUUAUGAAGAGGAAGGGGAGGAGAAGCUGAUGGCGGCGGAGGAGAUCGAGGUCUGGUAGGGGAAUAGAUCUGCAAUUGCAACUCCUCGGAAGAAGCGUCGCCUAUGCUGGCGCCGGAGGGAAGAAAACGAUUGGUUGCAGAAUAUGAUUGAGAUAUGAAGAAUUGGAGAAUGGAGGAGAAAGAGAAACACACUUUUUAUUGCUUUUUUAAUUCUAAUUUUAUUAGUUUUCUUUGUAAGUUUACCCUUAUAUCCUUGUUGUCACAGUAAUAACAUAAAGAGUGUUGU